AGUGAUCUACAUUUUCAAAGGAAAGAGAAUAUUCUUGAGAUUCAUCAGAAAUCCCCCACUAUUUUUCUGUUUCAAGGACAGAGUCCUCCACUGUGCUCCUCACAGGAGCGGAGCGACACCGAAGGCGAGACAGAUAGGUGGUCUUCAUAGGUGUGGGGAGGCUUCUAAGGAAUGCCUUUUCCUGAUAAUCACAGGUUUAACAGAUUUCGACAUCCAUGGGAAGCAAAAAUGGGUUCUUGGGUUUCCUGUCAUCCUCACCUAUAAAUGCUAAGAAAACACACACACACACACACACACACACACACACAUGUAUAUAUAUAUAAAAUAUAAAUAAGAGUCAAGAUAAUAUAUAUAACUAUGUAUUACCUGAGUUGUUUCUUGCCUUAAGCUGGACAAAAUCAGGUGAUGAUUUAGCAUCCUCUUCAGUCGUACCUGAUAAAGAAUAAAAUGUUUAAUCGUCUCUAUUACAACAAAAUAUGGUCAGCUGAUGGAUCCUUUUAUGAUAAAGGCAGAGCUUUCUUCAACAUAAAUCUCAAUAUUUUAUCAAAGCAGUGUACACAUCUCUCUCUCUCCCUCCCUCCCUCUCUCCCUCUCUCUCUCUCUCUCUCGUUCUCACCUUUCUUGAGGGAAGGCAUUUUUAAGGUGUAGUGACCGUCGCUAACAGUCGUGUGGCUACGAUGGAGAAUGAUCAUGAAGGACAUUUCUGUAUUAAAUCGUUUUACUACGACUUUUUUUUACUUUCAGAGAUGAAAUUAAGAUUAACGUUACCAGGGCUUGUAUUUGUCUGUGCUCGGUUCUUCCAUCGUCCUGAGCAUUUAAUAUACAACCGAGGCUCUCGGUACUAAAACGUAGCUAAGGUGACACCAACUGCCAUUUGCUCCGUAACCUACCUUUCGAAUGUAAACACGACAGUGAAGAUCGCAGCCUUACCAUUCCGAGCUUAGCAACAGUGGAGCAGCAGCGCCACCCACAGGCCGCUUGGUUUAGCGCUACACGCGAGUAUACCGUAGAGGGUAAAGAAGUGCACACUGGAGUGCUUAUCCGCUCUCUGUCAGCUCCAAUGCGCCGGAUUGAGCUCACUGACGGGUAGAAAUAAUAAUUGAAAAAGCUAAUGAGUUCACGAAAUCGCAAACACAAAGACACGACAUGUGCGCUGCUCAGCUAGGCUAGGUAGGUUAGCUAGGUAAGCUAGCAAAUGUAGCUAGCUAGAUAAGAUGUGAAUCUAGGCACGAUAGCGUUACGACUUAGAUUAAUAACGUUAAUGUGAAACGUUGAUGUGGAUAUUGAUAUUUAACUUAUGAUUGAUCCAAAAACUGAACAAAUCCACUUGAUGACGAACACCAGCUAUGAAAAGUAUAAAACGACUGCUUUGGUCUUUCAACUUUCAGCAUUAUCACGAUACAGGUUGAUGUAUACUGGAUGAAUAGAAUCACAGGGUAACAAAUUAACCUUUUUUAUCACUGAAAAUCGACAUACCAAUAUAUUAGCUAUCUAUGUAUCUAUCUAGCUAGCUAUUUAGAUAUCGUUAUCCGUUGCAAGAAUAUUUGACCUUUAAUAUCUAGCUAUUUUAAUGAAAUAGCCAGCACUCUGAAAAGCAUGCUUAGUGUGAAAGAUGCAAAUAAAGUCAUUCAGAGUGGUUUGAUGUGAAAUAUGCUCUUCCAGAGAAACUCACUGUGUCAGAAUUGUUCACAGUGGUAAUGAUAGGAACCGGACAUCUGAAGAGUUUAAUGCUUCUGAAAGCUGCCUCACAGAAAGUUCACAGCAGAGCAUUAUGAAGCAAAAUAGGCCCCAAAGAAAAAUUAUUUUCUCUGAAUUACCACUAUUUUGCCUCUAUCAACAUUAGGCUAUAAAAAACUCAGAUAGUGCAUGUAGAUUUAGGUCUUUUGUUAUAGUAAACGAAAUAGCUAAAUUUGCAUGAUAGGCCUCUUGCCCCCUGGUUCCUAUCACCACCACUGUAAAGAAAUCAGAAUCAAUAAUGUGAUCUAUUUUAUCUGUACAUCUGCGUGAUGCACCAUUUCACAUCAAACCACUCUACUUUUUGCAUUUCAACAGUUGAAAUAUGCAGACGUUCAAAUCAGUGGUAUUCCCCUGUAAGAAAGUGCUAUUUGAUCAUGCUUGUGUCAGUAGAAUGGGUUUACCCUGUAGCACUUAGCUUAAAUUCAAUCUUUCUCACUGUUUUGAAAACUGUUGUAUCACCAGAAGAUCACAAUACGGAAAAAUGAAAUGAGGAGGAACAGCCAACCAUCACUCUCAUCCUUCCUCUGUCACUCAGCCUCUGACAAAGGGGAGGAGGUCAAGGAGAAAGACCAGCAACUAAGGAAAAAAGCAGCAGUGAGUGAGCAGGUCUCAGCCCACAGUCCUGAAGUAUUUCUUGGAGUGCCUACAUUACCAAGAACCACCCAAGUGGUGUUUGAACAUCAUUCAGGUCGAGUUUUGCCUCAGCUGUGUGAACCUCGGGACCUGUUUGGAGUAAGAGGUAACAACGCUCAGGUUCUGCCCCGCUGGCCUCAAGAAUGCGAGGUCAUCCCAGAGGAAAUACAUCAUAUUGAUUGGGCACCAGCCUCUCCAGAACCUCUAUCUUUGCCUGUGAAAACUAGCAAAUGUUCAGGAAACUCUGAAGGACAAGAGGGAACGCUGGUGUAUGAUACACAGCAAGGUCUGCAUUAUUUCUCAGGGUCUCAAGUUAAGGGAAGGCUGUGCUCUCCGAGUCAGGCAUCAGUGUCUCUCACUGGGCCUGAUGACACCACUCUGCUGUUUGAAGGACGAUUUGAGAGUGGCAAUCUACUGAAGGCACACAAAGUAGGUGAAUUUGACUAUGAGCUGACUCUAAGGACUGACCUCUAUACUGUGAAGGACACCCAGUGGUUCUACUUCCAGGUAAAGAACAUGCGAGCUGGUGUUCGCUACCGUUUCACCAUCACUAACUUCCUCAAAUCAAGCAGCUUGUAUGAGCAGGGCCAGAAGCCACUACUCUAUUCAGAGCAAAAGGCCCGAUCCCUGGGUGUGGGAUGGCAUCGGGUCGGCCAGGACGUGUCCUAUUUUUGCAAUGGCCGUGUCCAUUUGGGGAAACCCUGCUACUCUCUGUCCUGGACCCUGCUCUUUCCCUUUGACCAGGAUGUCUGCUACUUCGCUCACUGCUACCCUUACACCUACACAAAACUGUGGAGCCACUUGUCAGACAUUGAAUGCAACCCCAGGUGUUCACGCUUCUGUAAGGUACGGAUAUUGUGUCGCUCACUGGCAGGGAACCUGGUCCCAGUGGUGACCAUCACCAACCCAAACAGAGACAAGGAGGCACCAGCCAAACCAGCUGUGGUGCUGUCAGCCCGGAUCCACCCUGGGGAGACAAACAGCUCCUGGGUGAUGAAGGGCAUUCUGGACUUUCUGCUGGGCGAGUCACCUAACGCAGCACUGCUCAGAGACAUGUUUGUGUUUAAGCUGCUGCCCAUGCUGAACCCAGACGGGGUGAUAGUAGGAAACUAUCGCUGCUCACUUUCAGGCAGAGACCUUAACCGUAACUACAGAUCAGUCCUCAGAGACUCCUUCCCCUCAGUGUGGGCCACACAGCAGCUGGCGAAGAGGCUGUGUGAGGAACGUAAGGUGCUGCUGUAUUGUGACCUGCAUGGACACAGCCGCAAAAACAAUGUCUUCAUCUAUGGGUGUGAGGGCCCCCGGCAGGGCCUGAAGCUGCCACUCGAGAGAGUCUUCCCACUCAUGUUUCACAAGAACUGUCCUGAUAUGUUCUCUUUUCAGAGCUGUACGUUCAAAGUGCAGCGCAGAAAAAGGGGCACUGGCCGAGUGGCCCUCUGGAGACUGGGCAUCCUGAACAGCUUUACUCUGGAGACUUCCUUCUGUGGCUCCACAGUUGGUCAAAGGAAGGGGACACACUUUAACAUACGGGAUCUAGAGAUGUUGGGGACUCACUUCUGUGACACUCUUCUGGACUACUGUGACCCAGUCCGGACAAAGUAUAAUGCAUGCUUAAGAGAGCUGCAGGGAAUGUUGAGGGGGGACAUCCCUGUGCCUGCAGACUCCGCCCUCAAUGAUCAUGACACCAAAAACAAGAUUAUGGACACCUCUCGUACCAUUGAAAGUCCCAGUGGAUCCAAUUCCUCAGAUUCUGACAGGCCACGAGACCAUCCCCAGUACUUUGCUGAGAGAAAAUUACUUAAAUCCAGAAAAGAGAGAAACAACUCAAGCCUGUGUAGGGACAGGGAGAAACGUUCAAGUGAUAUGCUGAUGAAGAAACCACCUGUUGUGUCAGAGAGCGAACAUCAUAAGACCAAACAGAAAAAGAAAGGUGUCUCUUCUGGUAAUGAGGCACCAGUCUCUGUCUUGUACUUGGUCUUUGACAGAGAAAGAUCAGCUCUUACCUCAAAGUCUGAGUAUGUGCAGCAUCUCAUGGCUGAUUAUGUGAGGAGCAGGCUGCAGCUCAGUUCUGGACAGCUCCUUAAUGAUUUUGACUCUAGGUCUCUGCAGGCCUCCACUCUGCCCUCUCAGCAUGUGUCUGCUUUUCAGUAUACCUCUAAUUCUAAAGACCACCUCUUCAAACCCAUAAAACUACCACGCCUCUCUCACCUGGCUGCAGUAGACAAGACUACUGGCAGACUCUCUCCAGUUCAGUUUAGAGGGACAACAUCUCAGACCACAGCAUCCAGCCCACCAGCUGAGUCAAACAGAUGCCUGCUGGAGUGAAAAGAUGACAGGAGAACCUGCUGGAC